AUGGGAGGGCACGGCGGGCUGAAUAUUUUGCCGCAGAAGCGGUGGAACGUCUAUAAUUUCGACAACCGCGAGAAGGUGCAAAAAGAUGAGGCCGCCGCCUCCCGGGAGGAACAGCUCCAGCGCGAGGCGGAACGCCGCCGUGAAUCCGACCUCCGCCUCGCUGCGCUACGCCGUAACCGCGGCCUGGUCCAGGCGGAGUCGCCCGCCACUCCUCCACCUCACCCCGCCGGCCCCGCUGAUCCAGUGGACGCCCUUCCUUCCCCGACCUCGGACGGAGACCACAUCAACCUCUUCUCGGGUGGAUCCGGCGUCGCUGCUGACUUCGCCGUGCUCGCCUCGGCCAGUGGUGGGAGGGGCGCGGCCCGGGAGCGGGAGCCCGACGCUGACCCUAACCCUAAGAAGCGGAAGAAGAAGGAAGAGGAGGUGAGGGUUGUGGGGCCCGAUGAGGAGAAGUACAGGCUGGGCUACGGUCUCGCUGGGAAGGGUGUGGCGGUGCCCUGGUACAUGUCUAGCCCUGCAGCGGCAGCGGCCAAGGAGGGGAGAUGCAGGGGAAGAUGUAUGAUGGUUACUGUUUCUGUGUUCCUUCAAUGCAGAUGGGCACGGUGA